GUCAUUGUCAAUGGCAAUGGCGGCUCCUUUGAGCUGGUUUAGAUGUUACAGUGCUGUAUUUCCAAUCUCUCAGAAUGGCGCCUGUAGACCCUCAUUCCUUCACCGACUCUACCCAUCCAGUAACCACUCAUGUCUCCCUCUCUCUAUACUUCGAUUUCUCUUCCUCCACCAUCCACGGUUCUGCUCUCCUCUCGCUCUCUUCCCCACGCACCGGUCCUCUCUCCCUCGACACGCGCAGCCUCUCCAUUCUCCAAGCUCUGGACCCCCAAACCCUCACCUCUCUUCCUUUCUCCCUCUCGGAACCGGACCCAAUUCGAGGCACCCACCUCACGGUCUCCCUCUCAGACCACAAAUCCCUUUUGAUCCUCUUUUCCACCUCCCCGGACUCCUCUGCCCUGCAGUGGCUCUCUCCGCCUCAGACCUUUAACAAGACCCAUCCUUAUGUUUAUACCCAGUGUCAGUCCAUCCACGCACGUUCUGUGUUUCCUUGUCAGGACACAGCGGCCACUCGCAUUUGUUACUCUGCCAAGCUGAACAUCCCUAACCAGUUGUCGGCAGUCAUGUCCGCCAAACACCUUGAUCGGCAUCCGCCCACGAGAGAUGAUGUGAAGGAGUUUGGUUAUGGGGAUUUUGGAAUUGACCUUGAGUCACUCUGGUGUGUGGAGGGGCGAGUGGUGGAGGAGUUUGUGAUGGAGCAGCCAAUCCCUCCAUAUCUGUUUGCAUUUGCAGUGGGAAAUCUAGGGUUCAGGGAGGUGGGACCCAGGACGAUUGUGUACGCGGAGGAUGUAGCUGAGUUGUUAGACGCAGCGGCUAGGGAGUUUGCAGGGACUGAGGAGCUGAUAAGGCAGGGGGAGAGGCUAUUUGGGGAGUAUGAGUGGGAAAGAUUUGAUUUGUUGGUGUUGCCACCAAGUUAUCCAUAUGGGGGUAUGGAGAAUCCCAGAAUGGUGUUCUUGACACCAACUCUAAUUAAGGGGGAUUUGAGCGGGGCAGAGGUUGUGGCGCAUGAACUUGCACAUAGUUGGACAGGAAAUUUGGUCACCAACAAGAACAAUGAGCAUACCUGGCUGAAUGAGGGUUUUACAACGUAUGCAGAGAAGAGAAUUACAGAGGAGGUGCAAGGGAAGGACAGAGCGGCACUGGGUAUUGGAAUUGGGUGGAGAGGUUUGAAUGAGGCGAUGGCAAGGUUUAAGGACAACAUGGAGUUCACAAAGCUGAGAAUCAAGCUGGAGGGAGUGGACCCUGAUACCGUGUAUUCCCAAGUUCCAUACGAGAAAGGCUUCCAAUUUCUAUGGCGUAUCGAGCGACAGAUUGGAAGGUCUGCAUUCGAUGAAUUCCUCAAGAAAUACAUUACUACCUUCAAGUUUAAAUCAAUUGAUACUGAGACAUUUCUUGACUUCCUGAAAGCAAAUGUCCCAGGAAUAGAGAAACAAAUUGACUUAGUAACAUGGACUGAGGGUACUGGUAUCCCUCCAGAUGCUUGUGAACCUGUUUCCAGUAUAUACAGAAACAUUGUCUCAUUGGCAGAUGAUUUUAAGCUUGCAAGGAUACCAAGGGAAGAUGAAGUUGCCAAUUGGCGAGGCCUGGAGUGGGAGCUCUACUUGAAGAACUUGCCUAAAUCUGUUGAAGCUUCACAGAUUUUAGCAUUGGAUGCACAAUACAAGCUAUCAGAGUCAAAGGAUUAUGAGGUAAAAGUGGCAUUUCUCCUGCUUGCUCUUUCUAUCAAGUGCAGAAAUUAUUACGGUGAGGUGGAGAAAACCUUGAAGGAAGUGGGAAGGUUGAAAUACCUUCACCCACUGUAUACUAGUCUCGUGCAAGGCGCCGGAACCGAGGAAGAGAAGAUUUUUGCAAAACAGGUGUUUGCAGGGGCCUGUGACUGUUAUCACCCAAUUGCUCGAGGAGUUGUUGAAUCCAUCUUUGCAAAGUACAUCUAGGAUGGUUCAUACUAGUGUAUACUCAAAUAUGAAAACAUAAACUAUUUGGAUUGGGAUGGUUGACCUUAAUAGAUUUUGGAUGAAUCCUGAUUUGGUUGUAAGUAAAGUUGUGCUGAUAUGAUCAUGUUUCUGGGAGUUUUAUGGAACCAGGAAAACUCUGGAAAAUAUUCCCAGCUGGUUUGAACCCUCGGUCCGUGGUUCAUGUUUUUGGGUGAUGCAUCUUGGUGAUAGUCUCAUAUGUAAUGUAAUACACUUUCAAGACAUUCAGAAGUGCAGUAGCAUUGCUUAUAUAAAUCAGUAGCAUUGCUUAUAUAAA